AUGACUGAAAUACAUCCGAUGCUGACAAACGCUGAGGAAUUACAUGACUGCCUGCAAGCCUUCAGGAUUAGGGCUAUCACUGGCGCAAAUAUGAUUGGGUCUGAGAGACGGGGCAAUCAAGUUGUGAUGUUUUUGAGCGGCGGAUGCCUUAGGCUUACACAACAAGAUCUGAGCGACGAUUUGGUCGUUACCUUCUCGGAGCUCAAGAUUUUCAGACGAAGCUCAGCUAACGUGUAA